AUGCCGAACGCCCGAGGGAGAAUAACGCUGAAGCGCCUCGGCAUCCCAAAGUCAGUGUGGGCGCGGCUGUUUGUCAUCGUGGCUCUGCUGGAGGGAUACGUGAUUAAGCGCACAGUCGACAUAUACCAAAAGAGCAACGAGAGCCAGUGGGGGUUUGGCGUGCAGGACCCGACCACUUCCGUAUCGAUUACAAAGGACUCGUUUAUCGUGUACGACGUGAUAUUCAUCGUCGCGCAGAUAUUCCUGCUCAUUCUGUGCUGGGAGGCCGUGGCACACAAGAACACUAUCCAGAUUAUUGCUGCCACCAUAUUCAAUCUGAUGUGCCUGAUAUACUCGCUGAUCCAGUACACGACGUUUUAUAUUCGGCCCAGCGUCACGGCGCGCAUCUUUAAGAACGACAACGACAUGCGCAUUCUGCAAAUUACCAUCAUGGUUGUGUACUCGCUCUGCUCGCUGACCUUUGCAAUGCUCAACUGGGAGCUGUACCAGCUGUUUGGUUGGAAGACAUACAAGAAGCUAGGCGCCAAUCUGCGGCUUAGAAGAGCAUACAAGUGGCACCAGAUCCUGCUAACGCUGCUGAAGCUGGACAUAUUCUUUUUCAUCUCGUAUUCGGUCCAGCUGGCGACUCUGGUGCUCAACAUCCGCGACCCCGAGACCUGGGUGCAAAUUGGCCUGGUUAUCCCUGGCAGCGUGCUGUUCCUGGUCAUGUCGUUCUGGGCACUCAAGAUCGAACACAAGCGGAUGAUGCUGGGUGUCACCAUCUGUUUGGGCCUGUCGCCAGCAUACUUUAUCUACAAGCUGAUUCGCAUGAACGUCAAUAUCGACUCGGACAAGGAUCCGUACCGUGACACACGCAAAUACCUGACGUUCUUCAUCGUGGUGACCAUGGUUCUGAUCCUGAUCACCACUUACGUGAGGCCUAUUGCUGACUAUGAUGCGCGCAAGGCACAGCUUAAGGCAAACAGAGCCAUGUUUGACGGCAGGGACGCCGAGCAGGCCGCAGUCGACGAUGCCUACGAGUAUACCGAGGUUAGGGAGCGUUUUUCGUUGGAAUAGCCUCUUUGUUAUUAUCGUUUCAACCCCGCUGUUCUUAUUUCAUAAGUAUAAUCAUCCGACGAUAUUGUAUCUAAGAAAUUGCGGUGCGAGGUAGACUGCUGGAGACUCCAAGCGGCAUUGGCCACACACAUUGACAUAAAUGUUUGGGUUUUGCCUUGUCAUGGAGGAGACCAGAAUGGCGGUCUCCUUUCUUCCUCCCUCCCCACCCGGAGCUUUAUUGUUCAUCGAACAAUUACAUGGGCUCUUCCUUAUACGGUAUUCGAUAGUAUCUGUAAUUGAGCGAAGAUGAACAGUAGAAGUAUGGCAUAUGAGGUCGGGUCUUGGCUGGAUCAGUAUAUGGCAGGACUUCAA